AUGGGGGCAAAACCUUCAUCACUAGGAAAACGAAAAAAUAAAGAAAAAGCAGUCACAAAUUCAAAUCAGCAAUCAUCAUCAGAAACGAUGAUAUCUUAUUAUGAAAAUCGUAAAUAUUUAGUUUGCACAGAAGAAAUCACUGAUAUUCUUCCAGUUGAUGAUGAUGAUGAAUUCGCAAGAACAAACACAAUUCAUUUCUUGCACAAAAAAAUUUGGGAUGAAACUAAUUUUUCAGCACCGAUUACAAAACAAUUGGAGAAUGGAUAUGGUUUUGAUGUGCUGGAUGUUGGUUGUGGAAGUGGCACAUGGACAUUAGAUAUGGCUACAACAUACCCAAAUGCUAAUUUUUUGGCUGUUGAUAUUCUUCAAACAUUUCCAAAUGAAAUUAGACCUAAUAAUGUAAAUUUUUUGCUGGGAAAUAUAAUCACUGGAUUAAAUAUUAAAUCAAAUACAUUUGAUUAUGUGUUUAUGAGAUAUAUGAAAACCUCCAUACAAAUAAAUGAUUGGUCAAAAGCUAUAGGUGAAAUGAUAAGGGUGGCAAAACCAAAUGGAUGGUUAGAAUUAAUAGAAAUGGAUGAUAUGUUCACAAAUGGAUCUCCUGAAUGCUUGGAGCUUAUGGAUAAAGUUGAAAAAAGAUUAAAAAAUAAAUAUAACCUAACCAACAGCCCAUUUAAACUCAUAAAUAAUAUCUUGUUAAAAGAAUAUUUUAACAUUAUAACUGAUGUACAAUUUUUUAAAAAAACAAUCCCAAUGUCAGGACAUUGGGAUAAUGAUUCAGAUAAUAUCAUUGCUAAAGUUUCUUAUGAUACUGCAUAUUGGGGAAGUAAGAGUUAUAAACAUUCACUUGAUUGUUUAGAUUUAACUCAUGAUGAAUAUGAUAAAUAUGUUGAAAAGGCCUUUGAAAGUAUUAAAAAUCGCCUAUCUGUAAAUCCACUAGCAACUCGUUUGAUAAGUCAACGAAUAGGGCAAGAUGGAGUAACUAUUCCAGGACCUGCUUUAUUAUUAGACAAUUAUAGAAAAAUAACUCUUGAUGAUCUCCACUUUUUGUUGAAGGAACCAUUUGAUAUAGAGGAGGAAAAAAAAGCUGUAAAAAAGAUGAAUGAUGUGCUUAAGGAUCUAAAAUUGUGUGAAAACAAAUUACUGGCCAUGAUAGGUACUGCCCCAACAUCCAGAAAGAAAAGAAAAUUCCAAGAAAAAGAAGAUACUUGUCAAGGCAAGCCUAGGGGCACAAAAACACGAAAGAGUUAUCCAUCAUUCCAAUCUCCGAUGAACCAAAAAUAUAACUUGUCUGCCGAAUCCAACCCAUCUCAAUUACAUGACUAUGCCAGUGAACUCGGUGCUAUGCUUCCAAAUUGGAAAGCCUGCAAAAGUGUAAAAGAAGCUCUUCGCCGACACUCAUUCAAAGAAGACCAGAUCAAGGCUCUUGUACCAGAUAAAAGGAAUGAAAAACUUACUAUCAAAGAGAGAGCUCAAUACUGUGCAAAAACUGGAUAUCCAUAUGAUAUUUACUUACAUGCUUUAGAUUUAAUCAAGACAAAAAAUGAUAGUGAUGAAGAAAUUGUCGCAUCCAGCUCACGUCUUACAUUAUUUCGUAAGGAAUUGAAAGAAGCUGGAGUUGAUUCUAAAGUAAUUGAUAAAUAUGCUAAAUUUUCAGAUCUUACUCAAGCAUCUAACGAAAUUCAGAAGAAGCAACUUGUACAGCGAUUACCCAAUGCUCCUAAAACCCCUAAACACUUCUCCUUAGAGGAGGGACUUAGAAGAAUUCAAAAUAUUGAUACUACUAAAAUUCCCACUAUGCAGGAUCUUGCGGAUGUGAUUAUGAUGUUAAGCAUGAGACCCGCUGAAGUUACUACUCUUCAUAUUAUCCAUUAUGAAGAAGCCAAGCUUCGAGUCUCUGACUCACCCAAUGAAGAAGCCAAGCUUCAACCUAAGAAUAAUAAUCCUUUUGAUGUCCAAAUCGCAGAAAUAGAUUCUAUGUUAGCAGAAAUGUGA